AACAUCGUGCGGUCGGCGUUCACGGGCGGCCUGCUGGGCUGGCUCUACGGCGGCGUGCCGGCCUUCCGCAGCGCCAGGAGGGACUUCAUCGAGCGCAGCCACGGCGAGCUCUUCCAGGGCCGCGUGGACGCCCUGCAAUCAGCUCAACAGGCUGGUCUCAGGAGCUUCAUCCGCUAUGGCUGGCGCUGGAGCUGGAGAGUAGCUACUUUUGUGGCAAUAUUUAACACAGUGAGCACUGGUCUGUCUGUGUACCGCAAUAAAACCACCGUCAGUAACUUUGCUGCAGCAGGAGCCUUCACAGGAGCCCUCUUCAGAAUGCACUUGGGCCUGCAGGGGCUGGUCAGCGGCAGUGUGUUUGGAACAGCCUUCGGAAUCCCUGCGGGGGGCUUCUUAAUAGUGAUGCAGAAGGCUGCUGGUGAGACCUUGCAGGAGAAGAGGACUCGCGAGCAGAGGGAGCGGUACGAGCAGGAGUUAGCAGCCUGGCAGUCCAGGCUCAAUGUAACUGAAGUCUUGGGCCAAACCGAAAGCAACGCUGAGGAAGGACCACACGUAGAAGAGGUAGCAAGAGAAUCCAGGAGCAGCUAA